UCUGUUUUUUUGACGGCUUGCCUUGAACAUGAAGCAUGCUCUUUACAACCCAAUAGAACCCUUUGGAAACUGCAGCCUUUGCAAGUAAAGAACCAAACCCUUCAUUUGAUGUCCUAUAUAUUAGCCUCCAAUAGUCAGAAAUCACAUGUACCUGUGAUAAUCUUUCCUGUAUUACACCUUUUAGAGUCCUGAAAACUCGUCAUCCUCUUUCUUUUUUCUACAGCUUUUCAUCUUAAAAUUAUAGGUAGUAGGAGGCAAUGGCCAACGAUCAGAUGAAACCUGUUGCUGCACUGCUUUUGUUCCUCAAUUUCUGCAUGUAUGUCAUUAUUUUGGGCAUUGGUGGAUGGUCCGUGAAUAAAGCAAUUGAUCAUGGUUUUAUCAUUGGACCUGGCUUCGAGCUUCCAGCGCAUUUCUCACCCAUUAACUUCCCCAUGGGAAAUGCUGCCACCGGAUUCUUCGUGACAUUUGCUAUGCUAGCAGGAGUUGUUGGUGUAGCAUCAGCAAUUGCAGGUCUCAACCAUAUCCGUUCGUGGAAUGCCAGUAGCUUGCCAUCAGCAGCUUCGAUUGCAGGCAUUGCUUGGACCCUUACUGUACUUGCCAUGGGAUUUGCCUGCAAAGAAAUUGAGCUUGAAAUCAGGAAUGCUCGUCUGAGAACAAUGGAGGCAUUUUCGAUCAUACUUACAGUGACACAACUUUUCUACAUAGCAGCAAUUCACGGCGGUGCAUAAAUGAUUAGCUUGAAAAUAAUGGUUAAUGGUUAAUUGGUUAAUGCUACUUGACGUGAGUUCAUUUUAUAUCUUUUACCACCAAGAAAUUUUCUCUUUGUAUUCCUUUGAUUCUUGAGAUGUACAGACAGGCCGGAAAACGGCUGCAUCUGGUUGUGGUGUGAUACUAUUGGAUUUGUUUAUGAACCUGUAAUAAACAGUUUAGUUUGAAAUUUCUGGUGCAAUGACCAGGUUUCGUCCAUCCAAAAGCUUCUUUAACGUUUCAUGUUGACCCAAAAAAGCCAGAAAAGUUAUCUACUUCACCGAUGUAAAAUAAAACACAAAACAAUUUGCCAAAACAUUUACGACCAUAUCACCUGUGCAUUGAACCAUCUAAAAAAAAUCAACGAAAUUUGUUCCAAUAUUCUUCUUUCUAUUCCUGCUGCAUAGCUUAACCAAUGGUAGCAUACAUAAGAACAAUUC